CUAUCACGAUCAGUCUUGCACUCGACGCGUCGCGAAACGGUACACCUUAUUCCAAAUAAGGAGCCAAGAAGAAAAUAAAUUAGAACCCUGCAAACAGUUCAAACCUCGAAAGAACUCAAAAUGAGUCUCGUACCGUUCGAUAUCGACACGUCUCCCCCGGGGCCAGAGCUGUUGGAAAUUGCCCGGCGUGAACUGCGCGAAACGCCCGAAAUGCAGAAAGCUGCCAUCCUCGAGCUUCGCAAGCUGGUCCACAACGCAACGGAUUUGCACUACCGCGAUGACGACGAUUUCCUGAUGAUUUUCCUCAGACCGUGCCACUUCUAUCCGGAAAGUGCGUUGAAAAUGAUGCGACGCAUUGCCGAUUUCAAAAAGAACCACUACCCCCUCAUGCACAAUCUGUACCCACAAGACGAAAAGAUUUCCUUCAUCGAUCACGGCAUCGUCAACGUGCUGACCAACAAAGAUCACAAAGGUCGCCGGGUGCUGAUCAUCAACUGUGGCAAAGCAUGGGACCCGAAGCAGGUCAACGCCGAGAAAAUGUUCCGACUGUUGUUCCUGGUCCAUCUGGUUGCCCAGCUGGAGCCAUCCACUCAGAUCAACGGGGUCGUGAUCAUCAUGGACUUUGACGGUCUCUCACUCAAGCAAGUCCGAGCUCUCUCGCCAUCCUUCUCGAAGCUUCUGCUGACGUUCAUCCAGGAGGCCGUCCCGCUCCGAAUGAAGGAAGUGCACAUCAUCAAACAGCCAUACAUUUUCAACAUGGUCUGGACGCUGUUCAAACCAUUCAUCGGGGAAAAGCUGAAGAAUAGGCUCGAAUUCCAUGGCCACGAUAUGAAGAAGCUGCACAAGUACAUCAACCCAGAUCAUCUGCCAAAGAAUUACGGAGGAAACUUGCCUGCCCUGAGUUACGGAUCCCGAGAUUGGUACCCGUGCAUUGAGAAAUACUUUGAUCAUAUUUCUAAAUGGAACACGUACGGUUACGCAAAUACUCCCUAGAGGAAGAAACUACCCUUUGUUGUUUUAUUGUUUUCAAAGAGGUUUGUAGGAAAGCGACUUACUUAGGUGAUAUUAGUUGAAUUUGAUUUAUUGGCAGAGAUAAGAAACAAAGCGGGUGUAAUCGGUAGUUGGAAAGCAAAUUUGGAACGUAACGUAAAUCGGAGUAGAGAGAAUCAGAUUAUCGUGCAGAAAAUCGAUUCUACGUUUUUGUUUGGAAAAAAUGGUUUUCUUAGAUAAGAUAUUAUUUAUUUGAUAAGUUUGUAAAAUAAAUAUGAAAGCAAAGUUUUUUUAUGAGAAAA